UGUUUCGGUUACAGUCCGGAAACCGCCAUCCACUCAACUCUGCCUUUCUUCACUGCAACAAUCUGCGCGCCGUUUUCAUUUCACUUCGUCGUCUUCAUCCUUUUGAUCGUUGUUUUGCUUCUUAACCGAAGAUUUUCAGGGGAGUGGUGAACGCAGAGGAAAUGUUGCUGCAGAGGAAUUUUUUGGUUGUUUUAGUGUUGAUUGGAGUGGUUUUUGGAGCCAAUUUGAGCGUUGUAAAGGCAUUGCCACGACGAAUUCUCUUGGACACAGAUGUGAAUACUGAUGAUUUAUUUGCUCUUUUGUACCUCUUGAAGCUUAAUCGAUCGGAGUUUGAGUUGGAGGCAAUCACUAUUAGCGCAAAUGCUUGGACAAGUGCUGGACAUGCAGUGAACCAAAUCUAUGAUAUUCUAUACAUGAUGGGCCGCGAUGAUAUUGCGGUUGGAGUUGGAGGAGAAGGUGGAAUACUCGAUGAUGGAACAAUUCAACCCAACGUUGGUGGAUAUAUUUCCAUAAUUGACCAGGGAUUGACGACUACAGGCGGAUGUAGAUAUAGACAAGCCAUUCCCCUUGGUAUUAGAGGGCGAUUAGAUGCUGAUACCAACUAUGGACUUCGCAAAGCCUUCCUCCCACAGGGAAGCAGGAAAUAUAAUCCUUUGCAACAAAAGACUGCUCAGCAGGUGAUGAUUGACAAAAUAUCUGAAGGCCCCAUUAAUAUAUUCCUUAUAGGAUCACACACAAAUUUUGCUAUUUUGCUCAUGAGUAAUCCACAUCUAAAGAAGAAUGUUGAGCAUAUUUAUGUUAUGGGUGGUGGUAUAAGAUCAGAGAACCCAACUGGCUGCUGUCCAGAAAAUGCCAGCAGAUCUUGCAUUCCUCGACAAUGCGGCGAUCCUGGUAACAUAUUCACAGAUUACACUAGUAAUCCUUAUGCAGAAUUCAAUAUCUUUGGAGACCCUUUUGCAGCAUAUCAGGUGAUCCAUUCUGGAAUUCCGCUCACCAUUGUUCCUCUGGAUGCUACAGACACCAUUCCCGUAACUAAGACUUUCUUUGAAGUAUUUGAGCAGAAUCAUGGUACAGUUGAGGCACAAUAUGCAUUCCAAACCUUGAAAAUAGCUCGUGAUUCUCGGCUUGGCGAGCAAUUCUAUACAUUUUUGCAGACUUAUUUCAUGUGGGAUUCUUUCGCAUCUGGUGUGGCAACAUCUAUCAUGCGUAACUCACAUACCGAUGAUGGUCAAAAUGAUUUUGCUAUGAUGGAGUACAUGAAUAUAACUGUAGUUACUUCAAAUAAACCGUAUGGUAAAUCUGAUGAGUCAAAUCCAUUCUUUUAUGGACGUCAAGUUCCAAAAUUUGAUCUUGAAGAAGGUGGGGUACACAGUGGGCAUGUUCAGACAGGGCUUCGAGAUCCCUUUUGUAUUGCGAGUAAUGGGAAAGGGAAAUGUCAGGAUGGUUAUACAGCAGAGGUAAUGGGUCCAGAAGGAGUGCAUGUUUUGGUUGCUACAAGAGCAAAGUCCAACCGGAACAUCUCCAGUCCUCUUGACAGAGAAUUUUACGUAGGCUUCUUAGAUGUUAUUAACAGUCCUAUAAACACAGGAAGAUUCAAUUUUACCACACAAUUCCCAUAUUACGAACAAGUUAUGUACAGACCAGAUUUCAGAAAUAUUAAACUGGGGAAACCUGUUGUGAUUGACAUGGAUAUGAGCGCUGGAGACUUUCUAGCGUUAUUCUAUCUUUUGAAAGUACCUGUGGAAGUUAUUGACAUCAAGGCAAUAAUAGCCAGUCCAACAGGAUGGGCAAAUGCUGCAACAAUAGAUGUUAUCUAUGAUCUACUGCAUAUGAUGGGUCGAGAUGACAUACCAGUAGGUCUUGGAGACGUAUUUGCAGUAAACCAAUCAGAUUCAAUUUUGCCUAUUGUUGGAGACUGUAAGUAUGCUAAAGCCAUUCCAAAUGGAUGUGGUGGAUAUUUGGACUCUGAUACUCUCUAUGGUCUUGCUCGUAAUUUGCCCAGAAGCCCAAGAAGGUACGCAGCAGAACACCCAGUAAAACACGGAGCUCCUCAAAACUCUCAGCAUGCUGAACUGAGACAACCUCUAGCCAUGGAAAUUUGGGAAUCCAUAUUGACAGAACUGGAGCCAGGAUCCAAGCUUUCAGUGCUUACCAAUGGACCAUUGACUAACUUAGCAAAGCUUAUUACAUCAAACAAAAACGCAAGCUCCGUUAUUCAGGAAGUUUAUAUAGUUGGGGGGCACAUCAAGGAUGAUGAUAUGGAUAAAGGAAAUGUCUUCACUGUUCCUUCAAAUAUAUAUGCAGAAUUCAAUAUUUUCCUUGACCCCUUAGGUGCAAAGACUGUUUUCGAGUCAACAGUUAAUAUCACGCUUGUUCCCCUUGGCAUUCAGCGAUGUGUCAGCUCAUUUGAAAAUUUCUUAGAAACUCUCUGCAAGAAAAAAAGGACGCCCGAGCUUCUCUUUGCCCGUCGUUUGCUGUCAAGACUCUAUCGCUUGAAGCAAUCAGACAUCUGUUAUAAGCAUGUGGAUACUUUCUUGGGGGAACUUCUUGGUGCAGUAGUCCUAACUGAAGAAGGCCGUGUGGAGCCAGUUUUUCAAUUCAGGCCUGUAAAAAUCUUAGCAGCUGGUGUUGAAUCUCAAGAUGGCCAAACUGUCAUCUAUGAGAAGGGCGGGAAAUUAAUCCGAAUACUGCAGAAUUUGAACCAAACAGCCUACUUUGACCUAUAUGCAACCCGGCUAAGUGAUAAGAUACAAUCUGCAGUGGUCAAAAGCUUUAAUGACCAGAUAAGAAUGUGGAAUAAACUGCGAAACCACACCUGUAAUUAUUGCCAUGGGUCAUGUGUUUGCUGAUAUUCACCGGAGAUGAAAACUUUUGGGCAUUUGUAUAAACAUAAAAAAGGUUUCCAUUUCGUGGUUCAUAGAAAGCAACAAACAAUAAGAUCUAGAUUGUCCCCCUAUCAAUUUAUGUCAUCAUCUAAGCUUGAUGCUGUUCUUAGUCCA